AUGGACCGGCGCAGCCGGGCGUCCAUCAAGAGCGUCCGCACCAGCGUGCGCUCGAGCACUGCCAGCCAUGUUCACGAGAUGCUGGACAUGGACGCGUUCAAACAUGAGAGCCGGCGCCGGGUCACGUCGCUGUACUCGGAGGAGGCUGGCCGGCGGAACUCCGUGGGUGGCACGUCACUGCUGGCCAUUGAGGCGGAGCUGUCCAAGCUGCAGAUGUUCAGCGGCUGCAGCCAACAGCUACUGGAGGAGCUGAGUGCGGUGUCCAGCAGCCGCAUGUGCCCCGAGGGCUCCGUGGUUCUGGCGAAGGGAGACCAAAGCGAUUCCAUGCUCAUCGUGCUGCGGGGCACGGUGGAUGUUUGCGUGGGAGACGAGCGUGUGGCGCAGCUUCGGAUGGGCGACCGCCUGGGGGAGACGCUGUUCCUGGCCGUGGAGGACUACUGGCCCGUGCAGCUUGUGGCGAUGGACCUGUGUAUGGUGUGCGAGGUAAGUCGCGAGGAGUUGCUGAUUUUGCUGCGGAAUCACGCGGCGGACAAGGAUUUGCUAGCUCCAUACUUGUCCCAGCCUCCACAUGUACACCUCCUGACCGCCGAGCGCAUGCUCCAGAGCCCGCUCUUCGCCAAGCUCUCGGAGCCUGUGUGGGAGUACUUCCGGGACAGCAUGUUCCGGCGCAUCUUCUUCCCAGGGGAGAUCAUCCUGCAGGAGGGGUCUCCCUGUGACUUGGUGCUGCUGGCGCGGGGGGCGGUGUCCGUGGACAUCGCGGGGCGGUCCGUGCGCCUGGAGCGGCGCGGAGAGUCCCUGCAGGGCCUUGCCCACCGCGACGCGGAGGUGGAGGUGAGCCAAGAGGACGCGCUGCACCCGGCGGUGUUGGGGGAGAUGGAGUUCCUGGGCCUCAGCGAACGUGUGAGCUCGGUGAAGGCGGACGCCGAGUGCCACUGCUGGUUUCUGCAUCACACCUCGCUCUCCCGGGUGGGCGACGACGACGACAGCCUGCUGCGGGAGGCGGCAUCGCUCCGCACAGACCCCGGCCGGGUGUCGAGUGCCAGGAUGCGGGUCCUGAGCAUUUUUGACGAAGCAGGCUGCAGCCCGGAAUUCCUGCAGUACUUGGAACGUAAAUUUGAGCCGCGGCUUUUCUUGCAAGGCAAGACCAUCUGCGAUUUCGAGACUCCCACCGGGACGCGAGUGAUGCACAUAGUGGUCAACGGCCAUGCUUCCUCGGUCAAUGAGUAUGAGCGAAUCCGGGUGCUAUCUGCGAACACCGUCUUUGGAAUGCUGAGUGCGCUGGGUGUGCCCGCUCGGCCUGAGCGAGUCAAGAAGGUCUUUGCAGCCACAUGCUGUACCUGCCAUUUGCUGCAUCAAACCGUGGUGGUCCGUGCGCUGGAACUUUUUCCGGAUCACAGGAUGAAGGUGCUGAUGCUUGCCAACGGUGGCCAAGAGACAGACAUGUCGGAUCUCAUCGGGCGAAUCCAGAGUUCUCCCUUCUUCGCAAACACGAAUCCGGACUUCGUCGCCGAGCUGGCGAGCUCGGCGGUGGAUCGGAUAUUCAUGCCGGGGGACCUGGUGGUGAACGAAGGCGACGUCGGCAACUCCAUGUUCAUUCUGCUGAAUGGCUCGGCGGACGUCUACGUGAGUGACAAGAGCGACAAGGAGAGAGGCCCCGAAGCCAAGGAGGCGAAGAAGGUGAAGCAGAUGAUCCGCGUGGGGCACCUGGCGGCCGGCGCCAUCGCCGGGGAGCUGGCGAUGCUGGGCAUCUCCCAGACCAGGUCCGCCAGUAUCCAGGCGGCCACGCUCUGCGUCUUCUGGGAGGUGACCCAGGAACGGGCCAUGGCGAUCCUGGAUCACUUCCCUGAGGAGCGGCAGCUCUUCAGCGCCGUGAUCGUGCAGAACUUGGACCUCACGGUGCCCGGACGGCUGCUGAACCUGCCGCUCUUCAAGUCCUUCGACCGGAAGUUCCGGAAUUUGCUCUCCCUCUACUGCGAGCGCCACGCCUUCUUCCCGGAGCACUGCGCCACCCGGGAGAACGAGACCGGGGACAAGCUCUGGAUCAUGAACAACGGCCCCGUGAUGCUGCAAAAGAAGGGCUUCAAGGUGAAGAUCUUCUCCCCCGGCAUGCACUUUGGCUGCGACAACAUGUUGGGCCUUGCGAGGCACUACUGCGGCACGCUUGUGGCCAUGACGGUUUGCCACAUGCUCUCGCUGUCGCGGGCAUCCUAUCUGCACAGCCUGGAGCAGUACCCCUCCAAGAGCGCGCACCAGAAGUUGCUGAAGGUCCAGAAGCGCGAGACCACGGAGCUCCGGGAGAUGUUGGAGCGGGUGGCGGUGCGCAAGGGCGUGUGGCAGCGCUAUCAGAGCGAGCUGGCGGGCGGCGUCUCCAACUUGCCCGACAGCGAGCUGGUCCGGCGCCUGGUGAAGGCGUGGCACGACCGAGUGCGCCUGGCUCGGGACAAGCGCCUGAAGGAUGCGAGACAGCAUGAAGAGAUGCUGAGCAAGCUGGCGGGCUGGAAGCAGAAGACGGAGGAAAGCAGAAAGCGGAUCGAGCCGAAGGUGAAGCUGAAGGAACUGAUCAAGCUCAACCUCACCGAGAGGGGUCCACUGAAGUAUCUGCAGGAGCCGCCGAUCCGGGAAGACCUGCAGAUGUUCCAGACGUUGCAGGAGGAAGAGCCGCAAGCUUGGCCUUGCUCAGCCAACCAGCACGAGGGUCUGAAGGAGUGGCUGCAGCCGCGGGCGUCGGCCUACUACCGACUGCAUGUUUGGGACGUGUUGCGGCAGGAGCUCCACUUGGAUGAGGCCGGGCUGCCCAGCAGCGUGCUACCCAUUUUGGACAGCAAGGCCCGCGAGCAAAAAGGAAGAUCGCGGACCAGCACUGAGGAUGAAGGAACGACAUCAGGUCGAUCCAGGCCGAAUCCUUCCAAGUUCCGGACGGGGGUGAAGGCAGUGAUGCUGAGCCGCCUGCUAAGCCAAAGGUGCUUCGCCCGGGCGCAAGAUGCGCCGGGUUUGCGGUUGGUGCCAAAGGCGUACCAGGACUGGGAAGGUGCGGGCGCUGUGGCGCAAGAGUUCAAGGAGGACCAGCGGCCAGUCAGCCAGGACAAAGAGACCGAGAUCCCAGAGCCCUUCUCAUUUCAGGGCUUUCUGUCCGCCAACGCCGAGAAGCUGGCGGCGGGCGAGUCUGUGCAGCUCAUGGGUUUUGACCAUCCCGACAAGGAGUUCGAGGUCCUUGUGAUCGGCGGGAGAUCUGAGCAAAGUGGGCAGAAGGCCGACCGCAUGGAGACCUGGUUCUAUCAGCUCAAGGGCACCGCGCACAUCGCGGUGCCCGGCGGCACUCUGGCGCUCAACGAGGGCUGCUGCUGCAUAGUGACACCAGGAACCAGCUUCGAUGUGGCCCGUGCGGCAGGCCCCAGCGCGCUGCGGGUGUGGGAAAGCUACAGCCCAUGGAUCUUUUAUUGGCCGUACUUCUUCGUGUUCCAGUUCUGCUUGGAUAUUUGUGGCGUGCUGUGGGAAACGCUCCUGCAUGCCGGAUGCGAAGACAUCCCAGACAACCUGGCGAGCGACGCCGCGCGUCCCUUUGCAUGCGGAGUGGAGCGGGCGCUGUGGCUUUCCUUCUUCAGCCUGGUGAUCAUCAUUGAAGGCUACGCCCUCUUCAUCCUUCACUGUUAUUGCGAGGAUGUGGUGGUAUCCGUGCCGACGAAGGCUUUUGAGGACCUCUACACCAAAUCUGAGACGCGCAUCUUGGCCAAGCACCUCAACCCCUACAACCACCUCUAUGGCGCGCUGCCAGGUCACAAUGAGAUCGCUGGGGAGGCCGUCAUGGCG